UCUAUCUUCGUACCUCGUUGUCGCGCACGAGCUAAUUUGACAUUUUGCUCCCUUGGCUCGACUGCCCGAGUCCAAAGACAAAAAACAAGAACAAGAGACGCCUGUCCGUGCGUCUCCGACUAGUGGCAUCCUCUCACUACACCGUCAACCGCGAAGCUGCAUUCUCCACUAUUUGUUCAGGCCGCCAACAAUCGCUUGAGGAGAACAAGUACAAAAGACACGCAAGCACGCAAAGUUUUGCUGAAAAAGCAGACUCAACUUCGAAGGCGCGCUAAGGAGGCGAGGAGAGCCCGUAAAGUUUUCGACGAAAUCAACAACAUCUACACACCGAAGGCGUACCAGGCCAAGAUGCUGUCCGCAGCCGCUGCGGCGGACACCGGUCCUUACAAGGAGGACCUGAGCAACCAGUUGCUCUGUCCCGACUGCAAGACGUUCCCGCCCGACUUGGUCGAGGAGUACAGCAGCGGAGAUAUGGUCUGCAACGAAUGCGGCAUCGUCGUUGGUAGUCGUAUCAUCGAUACCAGGUCUGAGUGGCGUACUUUUGCGAACGAUGAUCAGAAUGGCGAUGAUCCGAGCCGUGUUGGUGGGGCGAUGGAUGAGUUCUCGGACGUACAGCAGCUCUCGACGUCGGUCGCCUUCUCCGAGAGCAAAGCCCACAAGGCCCUUGCCCGCAACCAGAACAACGCUUCCAAGGACAAGGGGUCGAAGAGCCUGGAGGAAGGGUAUCGCCUCAUUGUCAGCUUGUGUGAAGUGGCCAAUGCUGGCUCGAACAUCCAGAAUGCGGCCAAGCACGUCUUCAAGCUCGUCGAGAAGGAGAAGGGCUUCAAAGGCAAGCCGCAAGAGGUUCUCGUCGCUGGUGCCAUCCAAGUCGCCUUCCGUCAGAAUAAGGCCACGCGCUCGUUCAAAGAAAUUUUCGAGUUGACUGGUGUUCCGAAGAAGGAUGCAGGAAUAAUGUUCAAGAAGAUCACAGCGUUUGUCAAGAAGAUCAAGGCCGAGGGACGCACGGGCGUCGGCUUGGACAAUGUGGCCAACUUUGAGAGUCGCACCACGUCGGCUGGCGAGUACUGUGCUCGAUUCACAAGCCGCCUGGGCUUUAAGCAGACCAACCUGAUUGCGAAGCUUGCCAAGUCGAUUGCCGAACAGAGCCACAACAGCGUCCAGAUUGGCGGCCGGUCGCCACUGUCGAUUGCCGCUGCCUGCAUCUACAUGGCCUGCCAUGCUGUGGGCGAACCAAAGCCAUCCAGCGCCAUUGCUGACAAGUGUGGCGUGAGUGACGGCACGAUCAAGACGACCUACAAGUUUCUGUAUAACAUGCGAGACCAGCUCAUCCAGCCGGAAUGGGUGUCGCAAGGGGCUCGGGUGGACAGGGUUCCUGGCAUCCAUAACUAGAAGCGCUGCAAGAACCGUGCCACAGUUCGCACGAAGCGGCCGGCUACGUUGCGGCAUCUUGGUCACCAGUGGGUCUAGACGCUGCCGCUCCGUCCACGUCGGAAGCCUGAGCGUCCGGUGUUGCAUUACAGGGGGUGUUUAUCUGCAAUUUCGAGUAAUUUGAAGGGGGCAGCAGAUCCCCUACAAAUUGACUUUCUCAAAAAGGGGGCUGGGCGCGGGGAGCACAACACAAGCCCAAC